CCCUUCCCGGCAGAAAUCGCCCGGAAAUGGGAGCUUGCGCGAAGCGCUGAUGGUCCCGCAGGGGAAGCUCAUGGACCCCGGCUCCCUGCCGCCCCCCGACUCCGAAGAUCUCUUCCAGGAUCUAAGUCACUUCCAGGAGACGUGGCUCGCUGAAGCUCAGGUACCAGAUAGCGAUGAACAGUUUGUUCCUGAUUUCCAUUCAGAAAACUUAGCUUUCCACAGCCCCACCACCAGGAUCAAGAAGGAGCCCCAGAGUCCCCGCACAGACCCGGCCCUGUCCUGCAGCAGGAAGCCGCCACUCUCCUACCACCAUGGCGAGCAGUGCCUUUAUUCCAGUGCCUAUGACCCCCCUAGACAAAUCGCCAUCAAGUCCCCCGCCCCCGGUGCCUCCGGACAGUCGCCCCUGCAGCCCUUUCCCCGGGCAGAACAGCGGAGUUUCGUGAGAUCCUCUGGCACCUCCCAGCCCCACCCUGGCCAUGGGUACCUCGGGGAGCAUAGCUCUGUCUUCCAGCAGCCCGUGGAUAUUUGCCACUCCUUCACAUCCUCUCAGGGAGGGGGCCGGGAACCCCUCCCCGCCCCCUACCAACACCAGCUGUCAGAGCCCUGCCCACCCUACCCCCAGCAGAGCUUCAAGCAGGAAUACCUUGACCCCCUAUACGAACAGCUGGCCAUGGGCCAGGGUGGGGUCAAUGGGCACAGGUACCCAGGGGCGGGGGUGGUGAUCAAACAAGAGCAGACGGACUUCGCCUAUGACUCGGAUGUCCCUGGGUGUGCGUCAAUGUACCUACACACAGAGGGUUUCCCUGGACCCUCUCCAGGUGACGGGACCAUGGGCUAUGGCUAUGAGAAACCUGUGCGACCAUUCCCAGAUGAUGUCUGUGUCGUCCCUGAGAAAUUUGAAGGAGACAUCAAGCAGGAAGGGGUUGGAGCAUUCCGAGAGGGACCGCCCUAUCAGCGCCGGGGUGCCUUGCAGCUGUGGCAGUUUCUGGUGGCCCUGCUAGAUGACCCAACGAAUGCUCACUUCAUUGCCUGGACAGGCCGGGGAAUGGAGUUCAAACUAAUUGAGCCUGAGGAGGUCGCCAGGCUCUGGGGCAUCCAGAAGAACCGGCCGGCCAUGAAUUACGACAAACUGAGCCGCUCACUCCGAUACUAUUAUGAGAAAGGCAUCAUGCAGAAGGUGGCUGGCGAGCGUUAUGUGUACAAGUUUGUGUGCGAGCCUGAGGCCCUCUUCUCUCUGGCCUUCCCGGACAAUCAGCGUCCAGCUCUCAAGGCCGAGUUUGACAGGCCAGUCAGUGAGGAAGACACAGUCCCUUUGUCCCACUUGGAUGAGAGCCCUGCCUACCUCCCAGAGCUGGCUGGCCCUGCCCAGCCCUUUGGCCCUAAGGGUGGCUAUUCCUACUAGCCCCUAGCAGCUGCUCCCUUGCCACCUGGGUGCUGCCCUGUGUACAUAUAGAUGAAUUUGGUGUUGGGGAAACCCUCACACUAAAACCCACAGAUGUCUUUGGAGCAGAUCCGCCCUGGCCCAGACUCUGGGCUGCUCACCAGAGUCCAUGGGAAGGGGAAGUGGAGACAUGCAAGUGCAAAGGUGGAGUCUCAGGAACUCCUGGGGGUCUCAUCUCUGGCCUCUUCCUAGAUCCAGCUUAGAGGCCCAAGCCCCCCUCCUCCAUCACAGAACAAGAGUUUGUUCUGUUCUGAGGACAAAGGAGUGUCCCCACUUUAUUCUAGUGGGGAAGAUGCAUUGAGCUCCCCAGAUCUAACACUGUGGGGGAGGCAGAAGCCUGGAUCUUGCACUCCACUCCAAGCUGUGGCCCUGGAGGGUCCUGCUUGUCAGUUCUUGGUGCUGUGUUCCCAGAAGCAGGGGGAGGCUGGAGGAAGAAAACUGGCAUGGGGAGGGAGGGUUGCUGGUGGAGGCAAGGAGGGCUGGGUUCCUGAUCUGAGGACCCUUUGCUCUGCCCACUCUGAGGCCCAGGCCUGGGUAUAACCUCCACCUCCACCUCCACCGUGUCUGCCAGACCCUAAUAAAGGCCCCUGCUUCUCC